AUGAAAACCCAGCAGAGAGGACCUAAGGGGUACCAGCCUGCAGCAGGUGGAAACUUACACCAUAUAUAUGACCCUACAGGCUAUGGGAGGUUCCAGUACCUCCUCCUGUUUGUCUGUGGUUGGGCCAACGCCAGCGACGCCAUCGAGAUCCUCUGUGUUUCGUUUCUCCUCCCCUCGGCGACCUGUGACCUCAAACUCACCACGACAGACAAGGGCUGGCUCAGCGGAGUUAUAUUUGCAGGCAUGAUGAUAGGAGGCUAUGUAUGGGGGUCUCUCGCUGAUGUGCAGGGCAGGAGAAAGGUGCUGAUGCUGUCCCUCCUUGUGAAUGGGCUAUUCGGGCUGGCCUCCAGCAUGGCCAACUCCUUCCUGCUGUUCCUCUUCUUCAGGUUCCUCAGUGGGGUGGGUGUUGGAGGCUCCAUUCCGGUGGUGUUUGCAUACUACUGUGAGUUCCAGCCCAAGUCCAAGCGUGGAACCAUGCUUAGCGUCCUCGCAGCCUCUUGGAUGUUUGGUAACAUCAUCGCUGCCGGGCUGGCGUGGUUGGUUAUUCCCAGGACGUACUUACAGGUCAGCAUGGGGACUAUUACGUACGACAGUUGGCGAGUGUUUGUGGCGCUGUGUACCAUCCCCAGCCUCACUGCCGCGCUCCUGCUUACCUGCAUGCCGGAGAGCCCCAAGUUCCUUAUGGAGAUGGGGAGGGAGAAAGAGGCCCUGGGUGUGUUGUCACGAGUGCACAAGAUGAACACUGCUAAUGGGAAAACUCCUAGGCAGUACUCGAUACGGCAACUGGAGGUGACCACAAAGAAAGAUGACGACAAGGCCCGCCACCUCCGAGGAAAAAAUGCCUGGCGAGUGAGGUGUGCGGAGAUCUGGACCACGGUGCGCGUGAUCCUAAGCCAGACUGUGGAACUGUUUAAACCUCCGCUGACGUCACGGACUGUAGUGAUGCUGGUCAUCAUGUUCAGUAUCUGUUUUGGGUACUACGGCUUGUGGUUGUGGCUGCCAGAACUUUUCAAGCGAAUAGACCUGUACGGGGGGUCGCCAUGUUUGAAGCCACACACCGGCAUAAACGGCUCCAUUCCAAUAGUCCCUGUCAACGAGUCGUGCUUACCGUCGGAAGACGUAUACUUUGAGGGAUUUCUCACCGCAGUGUCGAAUCUACCGGGAAACAUAUUCGCCACAGUUCUCAUGCAUAAACUUGGAGCAAAGUUUCUACUUAGUGGAAGUUUAUUUUUCUCAGGUGUCAGUGUGUUUUUCUUCUGGUUUGUGAGUAGUAAGACGCAGAGUCUCAUCGCGUCCUGUGCCUUCGGUGGAAUUUCUGUCAUCGCCUUUAACAGUUUGGAUGUCCUGGGAGCCGAACUGUACCCUACACAUCUCAGGUCUACUGCUAUGGGUAUCCAGACAGGAAUGGGUAGGAUAGCGGCCAUUCUGGGGAACCUGGUGUUUGGUUUGCUCGUGGAUACGCAUUGCGCCAUCCCGCUACUCAUGGUAGCCGGGCUGCUGGUCAUCGGCGGGCUCACGGCAAUCAAGCUCCCCAACACCAAGGGCACGGAACUGCACUGAAGGUCACUGAUGACAUCACCCACCAUUCCAAGACUGUACCAUUAUGAGAGAUCUUUCAGGGGUGCAGGGAUGCACCUUUUAUCUGUAAUUGCAGUUCCUAUUUGCCAUUACAAAGAGAUUUGUGAUUGGGUGGUAUGGAGAAUGAAGGUAUAUUAUUAUGCUAUAUCAUCCAUCACUCCAGACUGUGCCACUUCAAGAGAUCUGUUGGGGUAGGCAAUUUUCUCAUUGCAGAUUUAUAGUUGCCACAGAAAAGGAAAUUACCAGUGUUUUGAAUAUUUUCUGCAUGUAUGCAAAAUGAAGGUAUGAUAUUUCAAAAGAAUUAUCGGUAGUUUUAAUCAUCUAUGAAAAUAAUGUAAUUACAAUAGAAGGGUUAAAUGUGGUCCUUGUUUUAGAUUUAUAUACUGGACUGUACAAAAAAAAGAUAUACAGUAUCACUUUAAAUGUUAUAGUUGGUGUACAUAUAUAUAAAUGUAAAGUGUAUCCCAAAGAAAAGAAGUAUAUACAUGUACUAUUGAUAAUGAAAUCAUGAAGUGAAGGUUUUGAAAGUGAGAUUAUUUUUGAUAAUCUUGUCCAAUUGUUCAAUCAAGGACAUUUGUAUCAUAAUGUUGACCUGGAGUUCUGUGAACAGGAUGAGUCUCGUGUAUAAGUUCACUCAUAAAGGAGGAAGCUCUCCCCUCACUCAUUCUCUACCAGACCCCAUAGGUUGCUGGAAAAAGUAGUAGACCAGAAGAUUAGCCUGCCAUACAUGACUAGAGUUUUCACUUUUGCCUGAUGGUUAGACUCAGUUCACCUACCAAUUAUCCCUCCUUUUAAUUUGUACAUGUAGCCAUUUUCUAAUUUUUUUGUUAUCAAUUCAACAGGGAGUUCUUGUAGACACAGAUUUUGACUUGCUCCAGUUCACUUUGUCACAAUCCAGUCUUUAGUCUGGUAUCCAGCCGUAUUAUACAUGUAUCUCCCUAGUCUAUUCUGUUCUCUAUGCAAAUACAGAAGAGACUCAGGAGCUAUAAUACAGCUGGAUAUACCAGGCUAAUCAGUCUUGGCAAUGUUGGUACUUCAGUGUUCAACAAACAAGAUUGUCUUUGUCUUUUCCACUGUCCACUGGGUAUUGAACAUGUUUCACUUUGUUAAACCAGAACAUUACAACUCAGGUCAUAGCUUUCAAAAGAGGCAGCAUGUAUGGCAUGCAAAGAACAUCACAAGUGAAAGAAAGGAACCAAGCUACUUAUAUUUGGUGCACAAUCAAGGUAAUUGUACCUGCAACCAACUUGCAAUUGUUUGCGAUCUAGGACUAUGAUUUAGCUUGAAAAUUUUGGGAGCAUAUUUUUUUUCUACAUUUAAAAAGCUGUUCCAUGAAACUUUGCAAGUACAAGUGCAACAAAAAUGUGAAUAAUUAGAUUUUAUUGUAGGUCAUCUAAAUACAAGAAGUAAAUUAUCUUUUUACAUGAUUAUGAAAAAAUUCCAAGUUAUACAAUAUAACAGCUUGAAUAUGGUAAUGGGUCCAAAACAAUUGCUAUUUACAUAAUGUUUACAAACAUUUUCUCAUUUGAUACCUCAACAGGGAAUGAUAUUCAUAUUGGCAAGAGAGCAAAAGAAAAUUUUGUGUUAAUUUAGCUUUCUGGUAUUUCAAUGACUGUUGAGGUGAUUGGAAUGUAUCUAAUAUAUAUUGUAUGAAUGUAGUGCAAAAAUGUAUUUUUACUGUCAUUCAUUGAUCAUUAAACAGUGUGUGAUAAUUUCA